AUACUCACUGUACACGUGUUAACCAAUUAGCCAUCCAUUCCCACGUGACUCUCACGUGAGUUCAACUCCACUUGGUUUUGUGUCAAUCUCUCUAAAAUUUUGAUUACUGUUAAAUCCCCUUUUGCAUCUCUCUCACAAUUUUUCGAUUCAAUUCGUUUGAUUUUCUGCUCUGUGGGUGAAAAUUGAGCCGGGUUUUGAUUGCUUGGUGGUUUGAUUUUACUGGGUUUAGUGAUUUUGAUGCUUUGUUUUGGGGUUUUACUCGGCUGAUUUGUCGAAGCUUUUUGAAAAAUUGGCGAUGUGUGGGAUUAUAAUUGAGCUUUCAUCUAAGUUGGGUUUUCUAUUUGAUCUCUGUGUUGGUCUUUUUAGCGAUGUUUGAUUGGAACGACGAAGAGCUUAAUAAUAUAGUAUGGGAUGAGGCUGGCCAGAGUGAUGACCAUAUUGUACCUUAUCCAGAAUCAGUUGAAGAAUAUAGCAAGAAGAAGGAGUGGAAUCAAGAAGACAGUAACACCAAGUCUAACGUGCAGAAGGCACCUGGGGCUAAAGUUGAUAUCCAUGGUAUAAAGCUGGAAAGCAGUUCAAACUUCAGUUCCAGCGAAGGAACUUCUGCAUCAGGACUUGCCAUUGCGUCAUGGCCUAACCUAUCAUUAUCAACUGCUUCCAGAACUGAUCAGGAUUCCUUCGAUACGUCAGUGUCUAACAAUUUAACUGAUAUCACAAAGUUUGAGACUUCUGGAGGUGCAGAGACAGUUCAAGUUGACAAGGAGUCUGAACUUUUUCAGAAAGGCAAGGAACAAGGCGAUUUUGUUGAUUAUGGCUGGGCUAACAUAGGAAGCUUUGACGACCUUGAUCGAAUAUUCAGCAAUGAUGAUCCCAUAUUUGGCAAUGUAAGUCUCAGUAAUCCUGAUGAGCUCUGGUCUACUUGUAAAGAUGUAACAAAUAGUCCGGGAAAGUCCUUUCCCAUAUAUUCAGACUCUCCAACUUUGGGUUUAGGGCCCUUAAGAAGUACACCUGAUUAUUUUGAGAUUAAAACCGAGAAUGUACAAGACGAUAACCAGCCGUUUACCCUUGACUAUGGGAAAGUAAAUGAUCCUGGAUCUCAUGGUCUGCAGAAUCCAUCUAAUGUCCUGAAUCAGGUAGAAUGCAUGGGAGGUAAAAGCAGGCCUGGAUUAAAAGAGCAGACAAAUUUGACCAUUGCAAGUCGGAAUGCUACAGCAAAUUCUCAGCUAGCUGGAGAAAAAGUUGCAGCUCCAAAUGAGUUGACAGAGAAGGUCUAUAAGAAAAAGAAAACCCUGAAAAGUCGGAAAAAGUUGGAAGAACAAAGUGAACCAGCACUGUAUGAAGAUAUAUAUGGUAAUUGGUCUGCAGCUGGGAGACUACCUGGUCAAUAUAAAAAUCAAUUUGCACCCAACAUCAUACAUUCUCCUCCUUCAGUUCUUAAUCAACCAAGGCAACUACAAGGACCUGAAUCAUUGCAGUUCCAGAAAAUACCUAAUCCAUUAAUGGCCCCUUCAGCAUAUGGGACUGUUACAAAUCCAUAUUCUGUCAUGCCUGUGCUGUCUCACUUUCAGUCUGGAGAAUUUAAGCAUCAACCAGCAUAUUCUGGCUAUGAAGUUUCUUCAGGUAAUGCAAAUCCUGUAAACAAAUCAGCUGACUCCCUGGUGAAAAUUCAGACAAUGACACCUCAGGAAAAAAUUGAAAAGUUACGAAAACGGCAGCAAAUGCAGGCAAUGCUUGCCAUUCAGAAACAGCUAGAGCAAUUUGGUCAUCAAGUUUCCUGUAAUGGUCAAUCCCUCACUCAAAAAAGUUCCCUAGAAAACCAGAUUCAGCUUGUUGAGGGAGCUGACCUAGAAGUGGAGGACUUGAGUGCUUUUCCUGCUUUUGACCCGAACUCGCCUCUUGAACAAGAUGAUUCCAGUACAAUAUCUCUGGCAAUUAAUGAUUAUUCAGCAGAGGACACUGUACUCUACCGGCUGCAAAAUAUCAUUGAUAAGUUGGAUGUCAGCAUUCGACUCUGUAUACGUGAUAGCUUGUUCCGGUUAGCUCAGAGCGCAAUGCAAAGGCAUUAUAGUAGUGAUACUAGCAGCAUCAAUAAUAGUGGCAGGGAUGAGCAAGUUGCCACAAAAGACGACGUGGAUGCACAUAACAGGAAUGCCAAGAUGUCUGAAAUAGAAACAGAGACAAACCCUGUAGAUAGAACUGUGGCUCAUUUGCUGUUUCAUAGACCUAUGGAGCUGUCAGGAAAUACACCUCAGUCACCUGCUUCUAAUAAGUGCCCAAGCGAACAGAAGGCAUUAAGCAUAGCAACACCUUCAAUAGGUUGCUUUCCUGAGACUGGAAAGAGUAAACAGAUCCUUUCACACCAAGGAUCUAAAAGUUCCUAUCCACCGGAUGACCCCCGACUCGCAAGUCGGUGUGAAAACAGUGUUUGCAUUGACACCUUAGAUAACGCAUCCAACAUUGGACCUGCUGAUGAGGGAGCCAAGGAUGUAGAAGCUUGUCAGUGAAAAAGAUGCAGUUCAUAAUCUGCAAGGGUAAUUCCUUCCUUUCUCUCGUCCGCGCUUGUCACGUUCUUUUGUCAGUGGUACUUAUUGAUUUGCUUGUAAUCUGGAGGUUUCUUCCAUUGUCAGCUAACUUUAAUUGUCAUCAAUUGGGUGCGUCGAGCGCUUAAACAGCAAUGCCGUGGACUCCUCUCAAACACUGCGGCCAGCUUGGCUAUUUGGAAGUGUCGUAGUUGAUGUAAAUGAGUUUUCUACUGUAUGAAAAUUGAAUAUAUUUGCAACUGUUUAGUGUCUGUUGCUUUAGUUCAUUCAGCUUAGUGUGAAAGGGUGAAGAUACUCUUCUUUCGCCUUAAAUAAGUUUAGCAGAACCAAUGUAGCCUUACUCUUCUCUGGUGACAUUGGUCUGCGUUGUCAUCCAUCUGAUUCCUAAUUUUGCAAACUUGAGACAAAUUUUCAGUUUGAAGUUUGAGAUUGCUUUUUAUUUUUGUUUUA